UGAAACAUUGAGUUGAUUUUGCCAGACAGAAUUGCUAUUAGCCUAUCUUUCGCUAUUAUGUCCUUGAGGGAUACAACACUGCUCACUGUGCAGGUGGCUGUGAUGUUCUGGGUGAUCUGUAUGUUUCCAAGAUUUGGCUCUAGCUAUGAGCUCCAGGAUACCAUCCACGCUCUGAAAGAGGAGAAUGUCCACCUUCACCACCGUCUGGAGAAUCUCACCCGUGCCCUCCGCGAACUGAAGCAUCUGCUCUUGGAUCACUCAAGAGGUGAGCACUUUAACUAAACAAGAUACAUGACUGUACAGUAGGUAUGUUGUUCCCACAUUUAAUAUUAGGCUAUUUAUAAUCUGUCAUAAGAUAGCCUAAGUUCCAAUUCCAUUCCACACAGACGCUGGAGGACAGCAUAAAAGCGACUCACUGCAUGCCUGGAAUAAAUGGACACAACACGGUAAGAUCAUAUUUACAGGAUACAAAAGGUAUUCUAUGAUGAACCUGCACUGCUACAUCUGUACCAAUCUCCUCAAUCCUCCUGGUUUUCCAGGUAUCAGUCCUGAGACACGUCACACGUUGGAGCAGGCUUUCUGCUGGCCUGAUCUCCACGGAGCUGCCAGUCCUAUCUUCAAAGUUCCUGCCCGCUUCCUUUUUACUCCAAUCAUUGUCUGGUUGAGCCCUCUGCUUUUCUGA